CUUAUAGUCAUAUUUACAUCUCGAGAAUCGGGUAACUUACCUUCUCCAUCCAUAAUCAAGCCCAAGAUUUUCUUAUAAAUCGGUUCUAUCAAUCCUUAAACAGAAGCAAAGCUUUUCAGCAUUUUUUACUUUUAUCCUUAAUACUACUGAGAUUUUGCUUAAAUAGCUUACAACUCACCCUAGUAUUGGUUCUAUCCUUAAGGGUUGGUAUAUAUAAAGAUCAUAAUUCAACCAUUUUUACACCUAAAAAAAAACCCUUACAAAUAAUCUCAAAGGCUUGUCCGAAUUCGGAACUCCAGAUGAUGAACAAUUAUUAAUGGCGGAACACCACCAUGGUUUUAAAACUUCCAUGUGGUUCCUUUUCAAGUUUCAUGCAUCUCUUAAAGCACUGUCAAAGCAUCCAAGACUUAAAGCCGCUUAAAUCCCUUCUCAUCGUACGAGGUCUCAUAAGAAACAACUUAUUGCUAGGACAUUUUCUUAAAUCUUGCUUUUAUCUGGGUGCUCCAAAUUUGGCUCUCUCCACCUUUUACAAAAUUCAAAACCCAAGUUUAUUCUGCCAAAACUUAAUGCUGAAAGGUCUUUCUGGUUAUGGUCUAUAUGGAGAUCUUUUGUCUGUUUAUACAAAAUGCCGGGUCUUGAAUUGCCCAUCUGAUGAUUUUACAUUUCCUUUCGUGAUUAAGGCUUGUUCAGCUUUAGGUGCUUCUGGGAUUGGACAGCAGAUUCAUUGCGUUGUUUUGAGAAAAGGGUAUGAAAGAAAUGUUGUCAUUAUGACUUCUUUUAUUGAUUUUUAUGCGAGAAAUGUCGAUAUAGGGAUUGCGCGGAAACUGUUUGAUAGAAUUUCUGACCCUGACUUGGUUUCAUGGAAUGCUUUGCUUUCUGGUUACUGUUUUAAUGGACUUGAUAAAGAAGCAUUGGGGGUUUUAGGGAAAAUUCAGGGAAUGAACAUAAAGCCUAUUGUCAGUACUCUGGCAAGUAUAAUCCCUGCAUGUACGCAGUUGGGGUAGUUUUAUUUUGGUAAAUCUCUGCAUGGUUUGGCUGUUAAAUGUGGAUACUUCUUCAACGAUUUUUUGGUUCCUGCUUUUAUUUCAAUGUAUAAAAGUGAAGUGGAUUUAUCUAGUGCUAGGAAACUGUUUUACUUUGCUGUGGAAAGGAAUGUUUCUGUUUGGAAUGCUCUGAUCAAUAGUUAUACGCAGAAUGAGAGGUUUUUCGAAGGUUUUGAGAUGUUUCGGGAAAUGCUUCGAAAUGAUGUGCAGCCUAACUCAGUGACGUUUGUGUCUACUGUUCCCUCCUGUGAGAACUAUUUUGAUAUUAGCUAUGGCGGAUCUCUCCACUGUUGUGUUAUUAAACAUGGAUUUGGAAGUCAGGUUUCUGUAUUGACAGCUCUCAUGUCAACGUAUGCUAAGCUUGGGGAAAUAAGUUCAUCUGAAAUUUUGUUUGAUCAGAUACCAAACAAAACACAGCUGUCAUGGAAUGUGCUGAUUUCUGGUUAUGUAAAUAAUGGACUACCAGAUGAAAGUUUGGUUGCGUUUCGCAAAAUGCAAUUGGAAGGGUUCAGUCCUGAUGCAAUUUCAAUUGUUAGCAUCCUUUCUGCCUGCUUGAAUCUAGGUGACAUUUUACUUGGUCAGUCGAUACAUGCAUUUGUGGUUAGAAGAAGUUUUGAAACAAAUAUUAAUGUUUCAAAUGCAGUCCUGGCAUUUUACGCUGACUGUCCUUUACUCUCCACUUGUUUUAGGCUAUUUAAAAGAAUGGCAACUAAAAAUACAGUAUCAUGGAAUACUUUGAUAUCUAGGUAUGUACACAGUGGACAAAAGGAUAAGGCAAAUGUGAUUCUUCACCAGAUGCAGAAAGAGGGAGGGAAGUUGGAUUCUGUAACUUUGCUAAGUAUCCUUUCUUCUUAUAGUGAGAAUGAAAAUUUCAGGCAAGGAACAAUCCUUCAUGGUUAUGCAAUCAAAACUGGGUGGGACUCUGAUGUUUCAUUGACAAAUGCACUAAUUAGUAUGUAUUGUAACUGUGGAGAGCUUGAUGCUGGAUCACGAUUGUUUGCUGCCAUGCCUGAAAGAAGUGUAGUUUCUUGGAAUUCAUUAAUGACUGGCUUCCGGCAUUACAACUUAUCAAAUGAUGUUCUAGUCUUGUUUGCUCAAAUGGUGAAGGAGAACCAAAGAACAAAUCAAGUAAGUAUACUAAAUUUAUUGCCCAUGUGCAGCAUGUUGUCACAGGGUAAGUCCAUCCAUGCGUUUGCACUCAGAACAGGGAUGAUAGAGGAAACAACUGUUCUUACAUCUCUUAUCUUAAUGUAUGCUAGAUUUGGUAAAAUAAAAUUGAGCGUCCUAGUUUUUCAGAUGGGGAAAAGAUGUGAUAUUUCUUUGUGGAAUGCUAUCAUGUCUGUCCAUGUUGAUACCAAAAAUGCCAAACAAGCAGUUGCUGUUUUUUGUGAAAUGCUCCAGAUAAGUUUGGAACCUGACAAUAUAACAGUUUUAAGUUUAAUCUCCUCAUGUGUUCUACUAAACAGCCUGAAUCUAGCGGAUUCUGUGAUGGCCUAUAUCAUAUGCAAGGGCUUUGACAAAGAUGUGGUAGUUAGUAAUGCCCUCGUAGACCUAUAUGCAAGGUGUGGAAGCAUUGUUGUUGCGAGAUUGCUGUUUGACUACUUGUUUGAAAAAGAUACUGUCUCUUGGAGUGUGAUGAUUAAUGGAUACAGAUUGCAUGGAGAUGCUGAAGGUGCCCUCAAGCUUUUCUCGAGGAUGCGGCUUUCAGGGGUGAGCCAUGAUGCCAUUACUUAUUUAAGUCUUUUAUCGGCUUGUAGCCAUGCUGGUUUAGUUGAGGAAGGCCAGAGGGUAUUCAACUGUAUGAUUGAAGAUGGGUUAUCUCCAAGAACAGAGCAUUAUGCUUGUAUGGUUGACCUUCUUGCACGAGCUGGUCAUUUGCAUGAAGCUUAUAAUAUAGUCAAUAGACAGCCAUUCAAACCUUCUCUAGGCAUGCUUGAAUCCCUGUUAGGUGCUUGUAAAAUGUACGGGAACAUUGAAAUUGGACACAGAAUUUUUCAGAUGCUCUUCGAAAUGUAUCCACAAAACUCAGAAUCUUAUGUGAUGCUUCACAAUAUCUACGCAGCAGCUGGAAAGUGGGAAGACGCCAACACAGUCAGGUCUAUUAUGGAAGGAAGACUGCUAAGAAAACUCCCUGGUUUUAGUCUAGUUGGAGAUAACUUCACAUAUUAGCAGUCCUCUAAAGUGUGCUAACGGGGAAUGAAUGUCAAGGCAAGUAGACAGCUCCAUGUGACCAUGUUCGAAGAGACCAACUGAGCUCCAUGUUAACUAAUGGUAGCCAAUAAAGCAGUUAUCUGAAGCAUAUAUGCUAACAGUAAAUGAAUGUCAAUCCAAGCCAUGAAGGAGGUGAUCUCCAUUUUCCACUGUGUGCAAUGUGAACCAUUGCUAGCUGAGGACCUGGUCGAAUAACAAUGUUAUCCGUUGUUUAGAAGAUAACAAGCCUACUCGGAUGGGAGUUAUUCAACGCAAAUUGCCGCAUUAGAGAACUAAGAACUAGCUGGUGAGCUAUCGACCAACAUCCUCAUACAUUUUGGGGAACCAGCUUUUGUUUUCUUUCUGAGACUAGAAAUCAAAACGAUCCAUAAGGUGAAAUGGCGACAGGAAGUUAUUAAAAGAAGUAAUAAAUGAUGCAGCCUGGAGAAAAAUAAAGCAAAUCGUUACUUACAGUUGCAGACACCGGUAAGCGACUGGUGGAGAACAAAACAUGAAGAAUCUUCAUGAAGAUUCCUAUAUGCGUUGUGGAGCGGUGGUACUUUUCUGUUAUAUGCUGCCAGACCAAAUGGUCUAGCUACGUCAAAUGGUACCAGAGUUGUGAACUGGACUCUUAUAUGCGUAGAGGAAAGACCCUCGAAUUUGGGGAGGCACACCUUAGAGUCGAGGCUUGAGAGCUCUAUUUAAGGGGGAUUUGAAGGGCUUGGGAGUGUCACGCAUUGUGAGCAUUGAGGGUGAGGGUGAAUUGAGGGGUUUGGUGAGAGCUCUAUUUUGGUAAAAACUGAAGAGCUUGUGAGCAUUUUGCGAGUGGACUGAGGCUGAAGGGAAAACAUUCAUAAACUCUUUCAGAAUUUAUAUUUCAGAUGCGACUAAGGAUCAUUAGGGACCAUUUGUUUGUUUUAAAGAUAGCUUCCUCCAAAAGAUGCUUCUAAUACUUUCAUCUAAA